UUCUCUUUUAAAAUAUGGCCUCUUAAUUUAAAUUUAAAUUAAAACAAAAAAAAAAAUCAAGGAAAGGAAGUGGAAAAGAGACCAACAAUAAUGCUAAGGGCUUCCAUAGGGAUUUCAAUUCCUACGUCUCUUUCUACACGGUAGUAUCAAAAUCUAAUGGGAAAAGAUGAAGAUAAAAGUUCAGAAGCAUAGCCAACCUACAAAGCUGAGAAACUUUCAGAUAAAGAGUUUCACGGUUAUGUUUGGUGUUCGCAAGGGUUUUCUGUUCAGAAUCGAGUUGCUACUCAGUUUUGUUUAGGUUCUAGUUUAGAGGUUUCGACUCAGUGCAGAGUUUGGAUUCGAGCAGAGCUUUUUCACAGUAUAGAUUUUGCAUUCGAGCCAAGUUUUUGGUACAGGUUUGUUUCUAAUUCAAAUAUUUUUUUCAGUUUAGAAUUUGAUUUACUUUCUGUUCAGAAUUGGUUGCGUUUUGAAUUCUUGCAUUUUUACGGUUUCGACUCAAUUACCGGUUCUACUACAGUUUGAUUGUGAUUCGAUUUCGGUGCAGUUUUUGGUUUGAAUUAAAAUUAAAGUGAGUAUACAACAUAAUAAGCUAAAUUGGAUGAGAGCUUACCGGUUGAAAUGAAGAAAAAUGCAGAAUUUGUCCUCGCUCGCAAGGUGUUCGAUAAAAUGUCCCAACCGAAUUCGUCAGUCUUCUUCUUCCGCUCUCAACAUUUUCAUAAUGCCUUAAUUUCAUUAACAUGUGGGAAAAUUUAGAAAACUAGUCUAUAUUUAUCUUUCUUUUAGAAGAAAACUAAUAUAAAAAAAAACACCUAUAACACCUAGUAAUUUUAUGAGAAUUAACUCUUCAUAAGAAUUAAAAACCAAGUAGUUAGACCUCUUUAAAAUAUUGUUCUACUGCCGGCAAAAGCAGAAGCAUCAAUCUAACAUCGCAAAACUGUAUAUAUUUUUUUAUAUUAUGAAUCAUAUUUAUCAAAACAGUUAGAUACACCGUUCAGUUUGAAGUGGACUUUAUUUACACAUUGGCACGUCAAAACGUGGGAACCUCUUUCAAUUUCCUAAGGUCAACCCCAACGUGAUGCCUACCACACACUUACAUACUCUUUAUUUCUUUCUUAAAACCUUAUAUAUACAUAUAUAGUGCAAUGUGUCAUGCAUAAGGCAAAUCAGUGUUUAUAUUUACUAGUCACAUUUUCUGAGUUUAAAGCAAGCUGCAAAUUUAUUAACCAUCAUGAAGAACUUAAGCAUCUCUUUGUGCAUGGUUAUGACAGUACUACUUGUUGGAUUAGGUGGAAGUGUAGCUUCUGGCUUCAACUAUGGCGAUGCUCUUGACAAGAGUUUGUUGUUCUUUGAAGCACAAAGAUCCGGUAAGUUACCAACGGAAGAGCAGCGAAUCAAAUGGCACGCUGAUUCUGGUCUCAAGGAUGGAAUUCAGCAAGGAGUAGAGUUGGUGGGAGGGUACUAUGAUGCAGGUGAUCAUGUCAAGUUUGGGCUGCCGAUAGCUUACAGUGUGACAAUGCUUGCAUGGGGAGCUAUUGAGUUUAGCAAGGAAAUGACCGACUUAAACCAAAUCGGACAUACUCUACGGGCCAUUAAAUGGGGAACUGAUUAUUUCGUCAAAGCGCAUACUCAACCUAAUGUUCUUUGGGGACAGGUGGGUGAUGGAGUUUCUGAUCACUACUGCUGGGAACGUGCUGAAGACAUGACGACUUCAAGAACGGCCUAUAAAAUUGAUGAACAACAUCCUGGUUCUGAUCUUGCAGGUGAAACUGCAGCUGCGUUGGCGGCUGCAGCGAUAGCUUUCAGGACAUACAACUCUUCUUACUCUAAUCUCUUGUUAGUCCAUGCAAAACAGCUCUUCACGUUCGCAGAUAGAUACAGAGGGCUAUAUGAUGAGUCCCUAUCCUGAGCUCACCAAUUCUAUGCUUCUUCUGGCUAUUCAUGGUUUUGAUGAUUUGUGUUACUAAAGUUGCCAAGUCUGCUUUAAAUAAUGCCUUGGCUGAAUGCGGAGAUGAUAUGAGUGACACUACAUCUAACUCAGAACAGCCCAUUGUCACGGAACCUUUAGUAGAUCUCAGCCAGCCUCUUCUUAAUGAGGUAGAUCAGAAUCAAGACAAUCGACAACAGUAAACACAUAAACUACAGUGUAAAUUCUUACUCCACCCCCACCUUCUAAAGGUUAUUUAUGUUUUUUUUUUUUCUGACAAAAAAAUGCUUAAGCAGUUGCUGCUAGUUGCUACUUAUCUGUGAUUUGUAUUGUUCCAACAAUAGAAUUGGUUAAUUAUAUAAUGAAGAUGAGGGCAUUGUAUAUGUAUAACAGCAGAAAAGUUCAUAGUAUGAACUAUUCCUGAUUUUGUGUUAGUUUGUAUUUUUUAUUUUGGAUUGUGGCUCUAUACUCGAUUUUUUCCCUCUCCUAAUCGACAGUGGCUAGUAUUUUCACGGUUGUUGUUCAUAAAGCAAAUAAAAAUGAAAAUCUAAUAAACUGGUGAUUCAAUAAUAUAUGGUGAGUACUUUGUUCUUUAUUUUACCUUUGUAUACUGAUAGAGAAGCAAAUAAUAAUUUAGGUUUUUUUUUAAAUUUAGAAAUACAUUACCUGCGGAUUUACCGUUCCUGUG